CGUUACCACUUGCCCGCGCAGUCGCUUAGCUCUCGUCAGUCUAUCUGUAUAUUUUGAAUGUUCAAAAAAUAUAACCCUCUCUUCCUCUCUCUCCCUUCUCUCCCUCCCGUUCACGGUUCUAACGGACUCUUAUUUCUCUCUCCGUUCUCCUCCACUCCUCCGCCCGGAUCUCUCUCUUACUCUUUUUUCUCUUUUUUUCUCUCUCUAGAAAGUUUGCCAAUCUGCAGGCUAAGAUCUGGAGACACAAUCCGUGAGUGAGUGUGAAAGUCUGUGUUUCUGUUUUUUUUUUUUUUUUUCUCUCCUUCUGGCCUUUGAGAUUAAGCUGAGAUUUUGGGGUUUUGAGGUCUAUGAUUUUCUUGGAUCCUUCCUCUCUCUUUCUCGCCUGCUUCUUUCCGGGAUUUCCGAUCUAGGUUUCUUCCAGAUUAAGUGAGCUUUCUCUUUUCUUAAAUAAAUCUGACAAACGUUUUUAAUGACUGAAAAAAAUGGAGACAUUUCGCCAAAGGAAUUCCAGUAUUGAAGCAUUAACUGAUGAUCGCAGCUCCAGUCGUAGACCCAGAGAAGGAAACGGGCAGGUUCAAAAACAGAGAAACUUCCAAAAAUUGACCUCUGAUUCUAGGUCUCAGAACACUUCAGGAGAAGAUUCGUUCACAAGUGAAUUGGGGUGGAGAUCUUCAAAUCAAGCAGCUGGAACACCAAUAAAGAAAUUAUUAGCUGAAGAGAUGUCAAGAGAAAUUGAACCCAAGAAAAGGUCACUCAGUGUUAUUGCUAGGUUGAUGGGCCUUGAUGGGCUGCCUACUCAGCAGCUUUCUCAAAAACAACAAAAAAGGUCAUCGGAGAAUGUACAGAGAAUAGCAUUGACAGAAAAGGGUCAAAGGAGUAGCACAUCAUGCAGUCGGCGCUCAUCCAGAAAAAGCUCAAAGGAGGAGCAAGAAUUUAAAGAUGUAUUUGAAGUUUCAGACACAUCAAAAAUGGAGAAUAGUAGUCACUCAUUGCAGGGGAGUGCAAACUCAAAGCUAACUGAUGCUGAGAUGGCAUUCAUUCAGCAGAAAUUUAUGGAUGCCAGACGUCUGUCAGCCGAUGAAAAAUUUCAUGAUUUAAAGGAAUUUCAUGAUGUCAUUGAUGAUUUAGAAUCCAACAAAGACCUUCUGUUGAAAUUUCUUGAGCAACCAGAUUCAUUGUUCACAAAGCAUCUACAUGAUCUGCAAACGACUACUUCCCAGUCCCAUUGUCGUCACAUAUCAGAUAUGAAGCCAUCACGUGCUCUAGAGUGUGGAGGCAGUGGCCUCGGCUGCAAAAUAGAGAGAGAAACUCCAUUGAAGAAUCGUCGAAAGUACAAUAAUGAUCCACUUAGCCAUUCUUACAGUAAACAUGCUGCUGAUGAUCCAGUCAAGUCAUCGAAAAUUCAAUCAGAAGAGAAAGUUGGGUCUUCUGAUCUUCCUACAAGGAUUGUUGUGCUGAAACCAAACUUCGGUAAAGUGCAAAAUGCCUCUAGAGCUAUUUCAUCACCUCGUUCUUCCCAUGAUUUUCUUUCAGAUAGUAAGAAGCACACUGAAUUUCCUGGCAUCAAGAAUAGGGAGGUGGAGUUAUGUGGAAAGAAAAGGUUUUCUGAUGAUGCAGGACUCCCACGACACAAGUCUAGAGAAUCUAGAGAGAUUGCAAAGGAGAUCACUAGGCAAAUGAGAAAUAGUCUUGCGAGUGGUUCAAUAAAGUUCCCAAACUCUGGAGUUAGAGGAUAUGCUGGGGAUGAGAGUUCAUCGAAUAGGUCCGACAAUGAAUCAGCAAAUGAAUCAGAUGCACCAACUGUCUUUUCUAGAAAUUCUAGUGGUUGGAGCAACCGAUACAGGCCUUCAUCAUCCCAUUUUGCUGAAUCAUCUGUGAGUACGGAGGCCAGGAAGAGACUCUCAGAAAGGUGGAAAAUGACUCAUAGGUCUGCAGAUAUGGGAGUGGUUAAUAGGAGCAGCACACUAGGUGAAAUGCUUGCUUUGCCUGAUAGGGAACCAAGGCUAGCUAAUGCUGACGCCAUGGUCCGUGAAAAAGGAUUUAGUGGCAAAUUUGAUGGCCACGCUGGAAAAAUAGACUGCACUGGACCUUUGGGAAUUAGCAGUAGAGAUGGCUGGAAGGAAGGAUAUGUUAGAAAUCUUUCUAGAUCAAGAUCUGUUCCUGCUUCAUUUACUACUGUAGGCAGUCCCAGAACAGGCAUGCGCCAUGAAACUCUUUGCAAUGACAGAUUUUUACUACCAAAAGAAGUGAUGCAGCAGGAAAGGACCAAGACGAUGAAGGGGAAUUUUAAUUGGAGAGAAGGCUCUUCUAGAAGUUCAAGAUCUCGUAUUAAAAGAUCUCACUUCUCUGAGUGCAAUUAUUCUGAUCCCAGUGACACUUCACCAGAAAUUAGUUACAGCCACAAUCAAGUGCAGAGCAAUAUCACAAACGAUGAUCUAUUUAAACAAUGUUAUAUGGCUUCUGAGACAUCAGCUGCAUUUGUGACAGAUACAAGUUUAGUUCCUGAAAGUGCGGUUGAUUUGGAAAUUGACAAUGUGGCCACGCCAUCUAAACCUACUGUCCCAGAAUUACCUGCUUAUACGACAGUAAAGGGAAAUUCUCCUUCAAGUGACCAAGAGGCAUUAAUUUCACAGGAAUCAUCAAAUGUGCCACCUGACAAGGAAUCAGUCCCCAUGCAACACUCUGUUACAGAGCUAGAAUCUCCAGCAAGCUCUAAGGAGACCGAACAGCCAAGUCCUGUUUCAGUUCUUGAAACUCCUUUCCCUGAUGAUCUGUCCUCUAGUUCUGAAUGCUUUGAGAGUCUAAGUGCUGACCUACACGGACUUCGGAUGCAGCUUCAGCUACUGAAGUUGGAGUCAGCAUAUGCAGAGGGACCAAUGCUCAUCUCAAGUGACGAAGAUGUUGACGAAGACUCACUUACUUUUUCUGAAGCAAAAAUUGAAGAGAGCAGGGAGUUUUCAUAUGUAGUUGAUGUAUUACAAGAGUCUGGUAUUAAUGAUGCUGACCCUGAUGCUUUCAUGGCAUCAUGGCAUUCUUCAGAGUGUCCGAUGAAUCCUCUGGUAUUUGAAGAAGUAGAGAAGAAGAACUGCAACCUCUCUUCAUGGCCAAGGUCUGAAAGAAAGUUGCUAUUUGACCGUAUAAACUCAGCUCUUCUCGUGAUUAACCAACAAUUUGCCGAUCCACAUCCAUGGGUAAGGCUUUCAACAGCAAUCAUUCCUAAGUGGAGUAAAAAUGGACUUAGGGAUAGCAUCCACAAAUUGCUUGCAAGCCAAGAAACGCAAGCAAACAAUAAUGCGGCCGAGAUGGCAUUGGUAAUGGAUUCCGAAUGGCUUGAUCUGAGAGACGGCAUUGAUGUAGUUGGUAGGGAUAUUGAGAAACUGCUGAUAGAGGAGUUAGUUAAAGAGAUAUAGUAGCAGUUUAGAGAUUUUGCUCAUUUAGGAAGCUAUCGAAUAUACGGAAAUGAAGCAAUGAAAUGAAAAGUUUCGUUUCGUUUCGUUUAGGGAACGAUGAAGAAUAAAUUGAUAGAAUUGUAUAACUGAUAACAAAAUCCAGAAUGCUCGUUUUAUGAUGCAAGUAUUACUGCUUCAAGGAAGAAUCAGCUUUGGAUAGCAAAGCACAAAGGAUAUGUUUAUGCUUCAGAGUUGGUUUGGCUUCCUUCCUUUUAUGUCUACAGGUAAACAAAUGAUUAUGGAAAGACAGGUUAAGCUGUUUUUUCAGAAGAUAUGAGUAUAUAAUUAUUAUUAGAUAUAUGAAAAAAUAUAUAUAUAUAUAUAUAGUAUUUUUCAAGC